AUGAAAGACGCCUCUAUGUCACAAAGGGAGAAGGCAGCGAACAUCAAGGAAAUGGAAUACAUCAUCAACUGUAUCAAGUCUGAGAUGGAGGAGAGGGCUGAUGAAGCAAUCGCAAUUUUCUCUUCAUUCAACGUGGUUGAUGAUGGAGGGAACUUGGGACAUAAGUACAACCCAUCCAAGAUCUACAUCUGUCUCAUCGAUAAGCUGACACUCGCACUCUGGAUAGCCGACAUCUCAGAAUCGUCCAGCAUAAUGAGUCCUCGUAAGAUAACAAAGAAAGUCAAAGAAGAGUACCCUCCAGCACCGUCCGUGGAAGAUGACGCUGCUUCAAAUGGAAAUGGCGGUCUUGAGAAGUUUCAGUUCAGUCAAGAAGUCAUCGACGAGUACUUGGCGUUUAAGCGAAUGAAGGAGCUGCGCCAGGAAAACGAGGAGGAAGAAUAUGUAAACGAUGACGAUUAUGGUAGUUCGCAGUCCACUGUCGAGAGGUAUGAGCACUACGAGCAAGAUGAGCCAAAUCAGCACGUUGUGGUUGAGUCACCACAGCGUCCACCAACCCCGCCUCAAUAUUACACAAUCCCCGAGCCACCACCUCCGACCGUCAUUCUUCAGAAAUUGGCGCCCACUGUUCCUGUAACCUCGCUAUCCGCAGGUGAGGCUGAAGCUUGGUCUCAGUUCCUUGGCCGGGUUCCUAGAGACACCGUCCCAAUUCAUCAACGUUAUCCUCAACCAGAAUUUGCCUCCACUGGCGAUUACUUUGAAGAUCAUUGCCCGAGAGGCGUCAUUUCAGGUGGCUACAGUCGCGGUGUUAGAAGUCUGGGCUAUAACAGGCGUCCUUACCGCACCAUGCCAACUGGAAUUCGCGGACCUAACGAAACAGUUCCGUUUGCCAUAGCACGAGCUGUCGAUAGGAACCUGGCUCUUUACGAGGAACCCAUCAAGCUGUUCGAAAUGUGGGCCGAUACUUUUGGCAGGAGUAGACGGAUUGAGGAAGACGUGACGACAUUGAGAGAAAGACUUCGCCUGCUGCAUCAAUUUUACUAUAGGCCUUGA